AUGGACAGCGCCACCUCGGUAGCCUGGCCCCUGAACGGCUCCGGGAGCCAAGAGAAGGCAGCGGGAGAUCAGCUGCCCGGCAGGUUCUCGACCAUGUGGACUAUCGCCUUGGCCGUCCUCAUGGCUUUGUUGAUCAUGGCCACGGUGGUUGGCAAUGCCCUGGUGAUGCUCGCCUUCGUGGUGGACUCCAGCCUGAGGACGCAAAACAAUUACUUCCUGCUGAACCUGGCCAUCUCCGAUUUCCUAGUAGGUGCUUUUUGUAUUCCAUUGUAUGUGCCCUAUGUACUAACUGGAAGGUGGACCUUUGGAAGAAGCUUUUGCAAGCUCUGGUUGGUGGUUGAUUAUCUUCUGUGCACCACUUCGGUCUUCAACAUUGUGCUGAUUAGCUAUGACAGGUUUCUCUCUGUGACACGCGCGGUCUCAUACAGAGCUCAGCAAGGGGACACCAAGCAAGCCGUGUUCAAGAUGGUGAUGGUUUGGGCCUUUGCCUUCUUGCUAUAUGGACCUGCAAUUAUCAGCUGGGAAUACAUAUCUGGUCGAAGCAUCAUACCUGAUGGGGAAUGCUAUGCUGAAUUUUUCUACAACUGGUAUUUUCUCAUCACGGCUUCCACGAUUGAGUUCUUCACGCCUUUCAUCAGUGUGAUGUUUUUCAACCUGAGCAUUUACCUGAACAUCCAGAAACGCACCAAGGUCCGCUUGGAUGUACUUCAUGAGCCCCAGAGCCAGAACUUCAUGGAAGAAAUAGAAAUGAGUCCAGAAUCCAAGUUCUCUGUGAAAUGCUGUAAGUGGGAGCAAAGAGAUCCAGCAGAAACCCUGGACGUUCCAAAGUGGGGUGUGCAAGAGGAAAGCACCAAAGAGAAUAUGAAUGUAAAGUAUUUGCAGGGCACUAACACAGAGAGCACGGGGCCUUUCAUCAACAGCAAAAUGAAGACUUCUAGCAAAAGGAGCUAUAAAGAGUCAGUGUCCACUCACUCUUUAGAGAAACCAAUGAAGAUGGCCUCCCAAAACAUGACACGUUUUAGGCUCACCAGGGACAAAAGAGUAGCCAAAUCUCUGGCAGUUAUUGUGGGCAUUUUUGGCCUCUGUUGGGCUCCAUACACACUUCUCAUGAUUAUCCGAGCUGCUUGUCAUGGUCACUGCAUCCCUGAGUACUGGUAUGAGACAUCCUUCUGGCUUCUAUGGGUCAAUUCUGCCAUCAAUCCAAUCCUUUACCCACUCUGUCACUACAGCUUCAGGAGAGCUUUCACGAAACUCUUGUGCCCCAAGAAAUUAAAGAUCCAGCCUCACAAUUCUCUCCAGAAAUGCUGGAAGUAA